GGCACGGAACUGUCAAACAGCGAAAAACGGGCACACACAUACGACAAGAAGAGCAAAAAAAAACAACAUUUGUUCGUAGCGAUCCCGUGUAUGUUGUUCGACGGUGUUUGCAGGAAUCGGGUGCGAUUGUUUUGCUAUCUGGCUGCAUAGUUAGCAACUCUCCCUUCUUCCCCACGUCUAAUAGAUCCGGUCCCCCGCCCAGUAGUUAGUGCAAAGUUCGGUACCACCAGCCUCACAGCCAGUGCUAGUUCCGUGUGUUUGUGUGCAGCAGCAGCAGGCUACCCCGUGAGAAAGUGCAACGUUGCGCCUCGUUCCACAAAUCAAGUGAGCUAGGGCGAACUCUACGACGAAGUUGCGGACUGUCCCUAGUAGAGCGGAUCUUUCCUAUCGCCAUCGUCCUAAAACGUUGGUGCUGUAAAGGCGGGUUUCACGGUUUCAUCUGUCCCGGAGCAAAGACAGCUCCGUCGGUGUAGCGUAGCAGCGUCAAAAGCAUCCCCUCCACUUACCAACAAACCAAGUGUCCUCAAUUUUUCAGCACCCCAAGCACUUGCCUCGAUACGUCAACAGACGACGGUGGACAGCGGUCUUUGAUUUUGCAGACCGCAGAUAUUGAGCUGUGUACACUACGUAAUCGAAAAAGGUGCGGCCGUCGCAGCCUCCUUCGCAGCGCUAACACAGCUGUCCACCGUGCCAAGCGAGGGGGAGUUCGGUUAACAUCGCGUCACACAGCAACCAUCGCUCGAGCGAGCCUCCCAGAGCAACGGCUGAAAAGCAACCGAAGGCAGUAGUGUGUACGUGAUUCGGAAAAUUGCAGAAAACAGACCCAGGCCCCUCCAGACCAAGCGUACAAGAUCCAAAGGGGGAAACGUUUGGGCUGAACCAUUUUGGCCGUGGCUGUGAUCAAUCCAACGUAGUAGCGGGUGAACAGUGAACAAUUUCGCGUGCGAUAGAUUAUUUUAGCUUGCGUGCAGCAGCAUUUUAGCGUGUGGAAUCGAAAAACGCAGUUAGAAGAGCUCGCUGCAGCAGCUGUAAACAAAGACAGCCUCCGGUAACGCACCGCCACCAUCAUGUCGAACGCACAGGAGGAAGAGCAGCACCUGCGGGAAUGUGAAUCGUACAUCCAGACGCACUGCAUCCAGCGGUUGCUGAAGGACUGCAUCGUGCAGCUGUGCGUGUCCCGGCCCGAGAACCCGAUCGUCUUUCUGCGGCAGUACUUCCAGAAGCUGGAGCGGGAGCAGGCAAAGCUGGAUGCCAGCAAGCAGGCGGUCACGCCGGACGAUCUGGACGAUCUGAGCCCAAUGCCACAGACGGCGGUGCCGCCGGUACGGCGCCGGGGCGGCAUCUCGGCCGAGCCGGUAACGGAGGAGGACGCGACCAGCUACGUGAAGAAGGUCGUGCCGAAGGACUACAAAACGAUGGCGGCGCUGUCGAAGGCGAUCGCCAAGAACGUGCUGUUCUCGCACCUGGACGAGAACGAGCGGUCGGACAUCUUCGACGCAAUGUUUCCCUGCAACUUUCUGCCCGGCGAGCCGAUCAUACAGCAGGGCGAUGAGGGUGACAACUUUUACGUCAUCGAUAUCGGCGAGGUUGAGGUGUUUGUAAAUAACGAGCAGGUAACGACGAUCAGCGAGGGUGGCAGCUUCGGCGAGCUCGCCCUGAUCUACGGUACGCCCCGUGCGGCCACCGUCCGUGCCAAAACUGAUGUGAAGCUGUGGGGCAUCGAUCGAGACUCGUACCGUCGCAUCCUGAUGGGUUCGACGAUCCGGAAGCGCAAGAUGUACGAGGAGUUCCUGUCGCGCGUCUCGAUUCUCGAGAGCCUGGACAAAUGGGAGCGGCUUACGGUGGCCGAUGCGCUCGAGCCGGUUAGCUUUGAGGACGGGGAAACGAUUGUGAGGCAGGGUGAACCGGGCAACGAUUUCUACAUCAUUGUGGAGGGAUGCGCCACCGUAAUGCAGAAACGUGGAGACAGCGAAGAGGCAGCGGAAGUCGGUCGCCUGGGCCCGUCGGACUACUUCGGCGAGAUUGCGCUGCUGCUUGAUCGACCCCGUGCCGCCACCGUGAUCGCCCGCGGACCGCUCAAGUGCGUCAAGCUGGACCGGGCCCGGUUCGAGCGUGUGCUCGGCCUGUGCGCCGACAUUCUGAAGCGUAACAUUACCCAGUAUAACAGCUUCGUGUCACUGUCCGUCUAAGCAGAACGGAGAUUGGGAGGCGGGCCAACUGCAACAGCAAACAAUUUGAACCGAUCGAGUAGCAGUAGCCGAUCGCCACACCGAACACGGGGAAGCUUAACGGUGCUGGUACUGGGCCCGGGGGCGUGUUGAGUGGCUGAGGUGAUUCUAUUAGUGAUCUGCUGUUGUCUAUUGUGCAGGCUCUUGCCGCCUAUUACUUUCUCGGAGCGGAGUGUGCACACGUGCAGAAGAAAUAGAAAGCAAACAGGUAGACAUUUAUUUUCUUUUUUUCUUCUCUCUUUCGUGAUCAAUUCAAUAUUGUGAGCAUUAGUUCGGGGUUUCCGCUUUUCCUUUCUUGUAUUGGACAGUGAAAAUUUGAACAAAAGUUUCACACAGUUCUAUCAGCUCGGAAACCCCUAAAUCUGCACGCGCCAGAACCGUUCAAUGGUGUUGCACGUGCGUAUAUUUUACUUAAACUUGGUCUGGGAAGAAUAACUGCGUCGUUGCAUGGCACAUAUAUGGCAUGUUACGAUAGAACAAACGCUGUAUUACAAAAUCGGUGUGGCUGGAAGAACGAACGACCGAGGCCGACGAAUGAGUGUGCGAAGGUUGUAGAAAUAUUAGUUAGAAACUCGGGUGCGCUUGCUGCGCGCGCUUGUGCAUAGUAUCGCGAUAGUUUGUCUGCGUAUAAUUUCACGCGUUAACAGCUGUCGUCUCUAUAAAUUAAUGCAAUGAAUUAGUUAAGUAUUUAUAACCGACUAUUUGUGUUAAGUUAGCAGCAAAAACAAAACAAACAAACAAAACAAAAACUUGAACUGGGGCAGCAGAAAAGUUAAGCAAGGAAGGAAGGAGGUAAGGUUCGCGGAAGUGGUAGAACAAAAAAAAGUGCAUCUUGUGUAGAGGAACAACUUUUAUUGGAAAACUAAAAAAAGAAGAAGAAGAAACACUAUUGGAACUAUUGGAAAACAUGAGGCGCAAAGUGUGUGGCAAAAGUGUGUUGAAAAUAAUAGUAGAAAAAGGUCCAAAACAAAACAACUGUCCAAAGGAAGAAGCAAAGAAGAAGAAAAAAAAAACAAUUGGAACAACUACGAUGGUAACCAGCUGUUUUGUAUCAACUUUUAAUUGGUCGAAAUUUGCAAUUGAAUGCGCAAUUUUGUAAGCAGAAGUGAAGAGAAGCUGCGGGCCCGGGAGGUAGCGAAGGAUGGAGCGACGUUAAGGAAGCGAUGAAAGCAAACAUUUGAACCCCCAGCCCCAAGAGGGGGAAGAGCAGCAGCACAAUUAAACAGUAUGAACCGCGUCCCCUCGACUCCGGCAGAACUUAACCGUGGAAGGGUGUACACGGGAGGGCGCGGUUGCACUACAAGGAACCAAGAUGUAAAACACACACAGGUGGUACACUAACUUUCUCGACGUUUUUAGCUGUUUGGUGUCUCUUUGUAUAUGUUGAUGUGCUAAAUUGCACCCAGGCAAGGUUGGAGAGGUCGGCAAGGGUACGAUCGUGUUGCGUCCCGCAAACUAAUGCAACAAUACGUAGGCGACAGAUGGAGCACGAUCGUUUGUGAAUUUAAUUCUGAACGUCUUUUGUAUGGAUCAAUCCUUUUUCUCUCAUCGGGGUCGUAUCGCGAAGAAGUGUGGCGUUUUCUAGGAACAUACACUUCUUCUAGCAAAAGGCGACCUCUACUACUACUAAUCUGGUAAUUAUCUUGGUGGAUUUAAUACGUACACUUGCUGUAUCGUUGCAGAUCGUUUUUCAAAGCAAAGUGUAUCUAAUUUCUUGUCCCAAAACUGAAACAAACUUUCAAUUUACAUUUCCCCCAUCGUUGGAGUAUUACUACACAACAACACAACUCGCUCCCUUUUCCUUUCCUACGAUGUGUAAUGUUGCCUUGUGAGAUGUUUCAAUGUGUACAGUAACAGUGGACAGGUGGAUGCAAAAAAACACGAAUAAAAGUGGAAAUAAUUACAGAAUUGGUGCUUUGCAAUGAGAAAGACGGACGGGAUUGGGAAGGCAAGUAGAGAAGUAUGUUGUAAUUAACUGCUUUUGGUCACAUCAUGAUGAUGAUGCUAUAAUUGAGUGUGAAAAUGGCCCUGCCGUUAACUAACCGUGUAUUGUCGGCUUUCUCAGAAUGGGUUUCUUGUUUUUGUACGCAAACCGGGUAGUCCCAGUUACAUAUAAAUGCUGCUUUUUUCUUACUUUCUAACUAUUACAUGUAAAGUAAAAGUCCCCUCACUAAGCAACUAACAUGCACUGGUGUGUGCGCACUACUGCUGCGGCAUAGGACGAAAUUAGAAAUUCCACAAGGCUGGCCCUUUGUUUUGUCUAUCGUCCCACAUAGUAAUACACUUACAACAGUAACGCAAGAUAACACAUUUUACCGGCAUGUUUAUUAAAAAUCCCAACAAAAACAAAACUCAAAAUGUGAGGUUUUAUUGUAGUAAAGUCAACAAACAGUAGUCGACAGCAACCGUAGAAGAUUUGUCCACGAUUUGUCCCAUCUUCUUACUCAAAACCUCAAAAUGCUAACAUGAACUCAACACUAGCGAAGCAUAGUGUAAUGUGCAGCUUAGUGCAUGCCGGCUUGAGUGCGGAUAGUGAUCGAUAUAGUACGGAUGAGUUAUCGUUUUCUCCGAUCAAUACCACAGUUCAAAAUUCUUUCUAGUAGUUUGUUGAGAGAUCAUCCACGUCCUUGUUGCACUAGCGUAGACUACUAGAACAGUACCGACAGAGGGAAAGCGAGAGAGAGAGAGAGAAUGAGAGAAAGUGAGCGUUUAGUAGCUCCGUAGACUGCUUAGUGUCCUGGGUGCCGAGAAAUUAAAUGGUAAAUUAAUUACUAGAACUCUCUUCAAAUCCCAUUCGAGCCAAAUUUACUUGUAGAGUCAGCCUCUUGUUAGAUUUCUCCCUUUCCUCUUCUCUCGUUCGUUCGCGCUAAAAUCCCGUUUGGGCGGAAGUUGUGUAGUGUGCACUAGGCAAAUUUUCAAAACACCCGUACUUUCAUCCCCGUAGCCCGGGACGUAUUGAAAAGAAAGGAACGCCCUUCUUCGAUUAAUAAAACAAAAAUCAUCUACACCAUGUCGCUGUCGCGGUAUUUUGAUCACUGUAGAUUGUAUUUCCAGUAUGUUACAUUUGCCAUUCGAGUUUCAUGCAGAAUGUGUAGUUCGGAGUUAGGAGUUUUGUUUUGUGAAUCAUUUUCAUCAACAUUUAACAAAAAAAGAAACGAGAGAGAGAGAGCGAACAGGUGGGGUAAAUCAAAACGCUAGAGCAGAAGAGUGUAUACGGUAGCAAGGAAAAUGGUGUCUUGUUGGAAGUGUAUUUUUAAUCAAAUUGGAAAGCACACACACACACUAAUCUUUGAAGGCAACGUCGUGUUGCGUGGAGAAGAAUGUGUAAAAUCGCGAGAUAUCUACAGUAUAAACACACCUCGAUGUCACUCUACCCAAGCAAACGGGGGAGGAAAGAAACAUUCAACAUUAACACACCUUUCUCUUGGAAUAAUACACAGCAAAAACAACGGGAUUAGGCUGGAGGUGCGUGGUCUGUUGGUCAUAUGUUUAGAUUUACGGGACACUAAUACAUGUUUGAGUGAUACACACAGAGGCGCCGAAGGGACGAAGGGAAGCAGCAAAUAGGGCGCAACGGCGCAAAAGAGAACGGUGUAGAAUGUGAAUGUGAAACAGAAGUGGAAAUAAUAAAGAGUAUUAAAACAAAAA